AUGGGUGCUCUUUUGGCGGCACCGUUUUGUGCAGCUUCGGCUGCUUGCUGUUUCGGAAGCGCCGCAUGCUCACUGUGUUGCUCAGCAUGUCCGGGAGCAAAGAAUUCGACUACGACAAGAAUAAUGUACGCAUUAAUGUUGAUUUCAGCAACAUUUAUUGCCAUCAUGAUGCUUCUUCCCGGUGUUCAACAGAAAUUAGUGGAUAACAAAUGGUUAUGCGAUUAUGCGGGGGUGAAUUGUCAGCAUGCGAUUGGAUAUCAGGCGGUGUAUCGUGUCUGUGCAGGUGCCGCCAGUUUCUUCUUCUUAAUGAUGUUGUUGAUGUUCGGAGUUUCAUCUUCACAAGAUGGAAGAUCGUCAAUUCAGAACGGAUUCUGGUUCUUCAAGUAUCUUCUGAUGUUUGGAAUUAUCGCUGGCUACUUUUUCAUCGGAAGUGAAAGCCUCGCAACUCCUCUCAUGUACAUCGGAAUGCUCGGAGCCUUCUUGUUCAUCCUCAUCCAACUCAUUCUCAUCGUCGACUUUGCCCACGGACUCGCUGAAUCAUGGGUUGCUCAAUACGAGGACAACGAUUCUCGUGCGUGUUACGUCGGUCUUCUUGUCACCACAUUCGGUGGUUUCCUAUUAUGUCUCGUCGCUGCCGGAUACGUUUUUGUAAACUACGCGAUCGGAGAUGGAUGCGGACUUCCAAAGUUCUUUGUCAUUUUGAAUGUUCUCAUCUGUAUUGCUAUCAGUCUUCUCUCUGUUUCUCCAAUGGUUCAAGAGGUUAUGCCACGUUCCGGGCUUCUCCAGCCUGUUGUUAUCAGUGGAUAUAUUAUUUACUUGACAUGGUCGGCUCUUUUGAGCAAUCCAAAUGAAUCUUGUAACCCUACUGUCGCCAACAUUACACAAUCUUCGAUUUCAACUGGAACUGCGAAUAAAGAUGACUCAUUUGUCACCCCGAUGCCUGUCCAUUCCUUGAUUUCUCUUCUGAUCUGGCUCGUCUGUCUUGUCUACGCUUCAAUCCGCAAUUCAUCUAACACGUCACUAGGAAAAAUCACUGGAGGAAACGAGGAAAACGUUCAGCUGAAUGACGUGGAAGGAGGAAAAGCCUGGGAUAACGAGGAAGAAGGUGUCGCCUACUCGUACAGCUUCUUCCACUUCAUGUUCUGCCUCGCUUCACUUUACGUAAUGAUGACAUUGACUUCCUGGUAUCACCCAGACAGCGACUUGGCUCAUCUGAAUUCCAACAUGGCAUCAGUUUGGAUCAAGAUCUUCUCCUCCUGGAUUUGUGCAGGUCUCUACUCAUGGACACUUGUCGCCCCGAUCAUCUUCCCCGACAGAGAGUUUUAA